CGGCCCGGGCUGGAGCCGCAGCGCCGAGGGGCUCCCGGCUGGCGGCGGAGGCCCGGCCAUGGCCGACUAUCAGAUCUCGGUGGAGGAGCUGAACGAUCUCCUGUCUAAUGAGAGCGGCUGCUACAGCCUGCCCAGCGCGCACAGCAACGAGGUGGUGCCGCGCAUCCACGUGGGGAACGCGUUCAUAGCCAAGAACAUUAUGAGGCUGCAGCGUCUGGGGAUAACCCAUGUUCUGAAUGCAGCAGAGGGGAAAUCAUUCAUGCAUGUGAACACUAAUGCAGAGUUCUAUGAAGGCACAGGCAUCAGAUACCAUGGCAUUAAAGCUAACGAUACACAGGAAUUUAACCUCAGUCGCUAUUUUGAGGAGGCAGCUGAUUUUAUUGAGAAAGCCCUUUCCCAGAAGGAUGGACAGGUGUUGGUGCACUGCCGGGAGGGCUACAGCCGCUCGCCCACGCUGGUCAUCGCGUACCUGAUGCUGCGGCAGCGCAUGGACGUGCGGAGCGCGCUCUGCGCCGUGCGGCAGAAACGAGAGAUCGGCCCCAACGACGGCUUCCUGAGGCAGCUCUGCCAGCUCAACGAGCGGCUCCUGAAGGAGGGCAAGCUCAAGCCCUAGGACACAGCACUGCAGUGUUGCUUUUUAAGUUUCUCAGACCUUUAGAGGAUGCUUUAGAGACCCAAAUUGCAACCACCAGGCUAAAGCGAAACAGAAUUCCUGCUUGUCUAGUGAGCGUAUCCUUCUUGAACUCUGUGACUGUCUGUCAAGAUGGUACAAAAUUGUGUCACUGUUUGGAGCUGUUGCCAUAAAGAGAUGUUUUUAGAGUGAUAACUCCAGUGAUAACAGCUGUCUUCACACAUAUUUCAGACCCCCUGCAGACUCCAUAGCAUAUGUGGUUUGCAUUGACAUUGAAUGUGAUUCAUUUAAGCUUUGUCUUUAAUCCCACCCAAGCACCAGUUCCCAAAAGCCCCAACACAUCACUCACUCUUAGCAGGAGCACUGUAAUUUCUAAAGCUUCUUUUUCAUGCACACAGGUGCCUAAAGUUUGAAUGUAGGAGCUUCAAGGAAUGGGAAGCAUAUAUACAAUUGCACAGAUGCAUUCACUUGGAAAAUGAAGUGCAUGCAGCGUUUUGUGUGGAUUUAUGCAAUACACAGUGUGAUAGUAAAGCCAUUCAGAGUCCAUGCUUCAUGCACACUAUGUUUCCAAGAAUAGUUUUUUAUCUCUUGCUGUUACAAUGGACAUUAAAUGGUCUAUUAUUAAAUGCUCUUUUAUUUUUAUUUUGAAAGCAUACUAGAAAAAAAUGCCAAGAGCAAAUGCUGAGGGAAGAACUUGAAAAAGGAAGAAAUAUUAGUCUUUAGAAGUGCUUGUGGUGGAUGUAUAAUUAAGUACUAAGUAUACUAAUAUAAUGGCUUUCAAAGCUUGUAUGGAAUUACAGUGUCUUUAUCUCUUCUUUACUAUCACUGUUCAGUAACACAGAGUGGAAUGACCACACGAGCAGAUUCCUUCCAGUAGAGGUGUGCUUACAAAGCAUUUUGCAGAAGAACACUCUUGACUUCUUGGAUUGCUUGCAUGGUAUCAUUAACUAGAAAUGAGCAUUGUAAUGUACCACACUGUGUAGGAAAUAUUUACACUAUAUUCAAAUAAAUGAUGUCUUGAUGCUGUUUACUACA